CUCUUUUCCAUUGUUCUUACCAUUCAAUACAGGCAUCGUGUUGAAAAUGACAACAUUUUCUGUGGUGAAAUUGAGAACUCCCACUGUCAAGUCCAAACCAGUCCUACCAGCUGUAUUAACUAUAGCAGGAUCCGACAACUCAGGUGGAGCCGGCAUUGAGGCCGACUUGAAGACAUUCAGUGCCCACAAGGUUUACGGGUUGACUUGUAUUGCUGCUUUGACGGCCCAAAAUACACAAUUGGUGAAAACAUUUGAAAAAACUCCAAAAGAAUUGGUUAAAAACAUCUUGCAGCUCAACUUUGACGAUUUCCUCUACGGAUAUGAAGACAGUACACAGCCAUUGAAGGUCAUCAAGACUGGGAUGCUCACAGAAGAAGCUGUUCAUGUUAUCCAGGACUUUCUACCAGACAUCAAGAAACACAAUGUGAAACUAAUAGUCGACCCAGUGAUGAUCAGUACUUCUGGAUCCAGUCUUUUUGAUAGCGAAGGCAUGAAGCUUUGUGUGAAUACCUUGAUCAGUGGAGCCUAUUUGAUCACACCUAAUUUUGUAGAAGCCAGAGCACUUUGGGAGAUUGCUUGUGGAGAAAGUGCAGCUAUCGAGAAGCUCACUAUCAACUCUUUGGAUGACUUUAUAGACUUUGUCAAGCAAUUGCAGAAGACCCUCAAGUCACAGAAUGUUUUAGUAAAGGGUGGACAUAUUCCUUGGGAUUCCCGAACGGGCAAGCCAUUUGUUGGAACCAAUCUUGCUGAUGUUGAAGACAGUAUUGUUGUUUUGGAUGUGUUAUAUGAAUCUGAAAUUGAUAAGGCGACUGUGUUUGAGUCCAAGUACAUAAAUACCAAGGAUUCACAUGGAACCGGUUGCACUCUUGCUUCAGCCAUAUCUGCAAAUGUAGCCAAGGGAAAGAACUUGAAAGAAAGUAUCUCUUUAUCCAUAGACUAUAUCCACAAGGGAAUGUUGAGUGUAGGCAAGAAAUUGGGAUAUGGAAAUGGACCCUUGAACCACAAUGUGGAACCCGAAGAAAAUCUAAGCAAUGUCAUCAUUGGAAACAGCACAGACACAUACAUGAGCGUUAAGAAAGGGAACCAGUCUUUCUUUGAGUACUUCAAGACCCAUCCUAGUGUCAAGGAAAGCUGGAAGCUCUACACUGAGCAUAGAUUUAUCCAGCAAUUGGCUCAGGACAAGUUGCCAUUCCAGCGCUUCCUUUACUUCUUGAAGCAAGAUUACUACUACUUGAUCAACUAUGCACAGAUGCACGGGUUAGCGGCUUCAGUCGCACCAACAUACCAUCAAACCCAUGCCGAAGCACUUAUCAUAGGAGAAGUCAUCACUGAAAUUGAGAAGCACAAGGAAAAGCUUUCCAAGAAAUACGACAUUGAUUAUGAAAGAGAUAUUGAUUUCGAUAUCGAGUUGCAACCUGGAAAGGCAUGCGUGGACUACUGCAACUAUCUCUUGGAAAUUGGAAAUAGGGAGAAUUUCUUGGGUAUCAAGGUAGCUUUGGCUCCUUGUUUGCAUGGAUACGCUGAGGCUGGGUUGUAUGGUAAGAGCAUCAGAGAGAGCUAUGACAAGAGUACCUCCAGCUUGGAUAAGGUACUUUCUGAAACCUACGACACGUGGUUAGGAGACUAUAGUUCCGAAUGGUAUUUGAACGCUCAUAAAGAAGGAGAGGCUACGCUUCAGGAGUUGAUGGAAUCGAACGACGUUUCAAAUGAGAGAAUGGACGAACUUGUUGAGAUUUUCAGGAAGGUGACAGAGUUGGAAGUGCACUUUUGGGACGAGGUCUUGGAUGUAUUACCAUAAUUGUUGGUGAACAUCAUGAGUUGUAAGUUCUGAUGCAAUAACAUAGACUAUGAAGUGUUCACGAGUCUCUCUAAGAAAGUAUUUCGAUAGAGAAGAUUGAAGUGCAAAGAAAAUAGAAAAUGUAUAGAACUGUUUAACAAAUUGAAUAUAGAAAAAGCGUGG